AAACCCAGGGACUUGCGCGCAAAAUUGAAAACCCUACAUUCCUCCCCCAAGAGCUACGCCACUCUUACGCCGCCGCCUCCUCCAGUCCUCACUACUCGCUCCUCCCUCAUCGGCCGCAGCCGCCCUCCGCCGUCAAGAUGAACAAGGAGAGGCUCAUGAAGAUGGCGGGCGCUGUCCGCACCGGCGGGAAAGGCACCGUGCGCAGGAAGAAGAAGGCUGUCCACAAGACGGCGACCACGGACGACAAGAGGCUGCAGAGCACGCUCAAGAGAGUAGGGGUCAACACCAUCCCCGCAAUCGAGGAGGUCAACAUCUUCAAGGACGAUCUCGUCAUCCAGUUCUUGAAUCCCAAAGUGCAAGCUUCCAUCGCGGCAAACACAUGGGUGGUCAGUGGAUCUCCACAGACGAAAAAGCUACAAGAUGUUCUUCCUCAGAUCAUCAACCAACUGGGUCCUGACAACAUGGAGCACCUGAAGAGGAUUGCUGAAGAGAUGCAGAAGCAGGUAGCUGCUGCUCAGGCAAAGGAAGAGAAUGACGAUGACGUUCCAGAUCUUGUUCCUGGGGAGACUUUUGAGCAGGUAGCUCAAGAGGCAAAAGCCUGAUCAUAGACUCCAAUAGCAUAAUGCUACUUGACCACAGUGAUGAGGUCAUGGUUUUCAGUGAUGGCACUCUUUUGCACCCUCGUUGGCCAGCCACUCUUUGUAUUUGCGGUUGGAAACUUUUAGUUUCUGCAAGUUUUUACCUCAGGUUAUGCAUGUUGAAAUGCCAUGGAAUCCAUUAUGCUGCUUUUUGGUCACGAUUUUGGUUGGUUUGAUACAUACUUGAGCACCAGGUUUUACUGAGUUUCUCCAUUUCCA